UGUCUGACUUGGGUAUCAAAUCAAGGUUUCGUAACAGAAUAUAGAGUGAUUUAAAAUGAGGCUCCAGAAUGCAUCUUUGUUGGUGCUAAUCUCCAACUGCUGGCUGCACACGACAGCAGUCGCAUCGUCCCACAAUGUGCUUGACAACGAGAACCUCGCGUCAAUCCCCACGGGAGAUCUACUCCCAGAAGCCGGCGAGUGGUUCCAGCAGGACACCCGCCUGACAAGCCCUCGCCACCAAGCGGAAAAGGAGCAGCUGCUCCUGCGCAUGGACAAAUCCCACGGCAGCUGGGACACCAACCACCCGCGCGCCCGCCUCCUCGAUGCGCUGGCCGCCUACAGCCAGUUUGGCGAGCUGACCAAGGCCGAGCUGAAGAGGUGGAGGGACCUGUACGGCAACGUGCCCCAGAAGCAAAAGAACAUACUGGAGAGCGCCGCGGGCUACACUGCCAAGUUUGAUACUGCCGAGGAGCUGGCCGACGUCAAUGGUCGGCUGUGCAAGCGCAUCGUCGACACGGCGCUCGAGUUCUACCAGCUCAAGCCCAGGGAGCUCAAAGAUCACAUCGCGGCUCUCAAGAAUGCCGGGAGGACGCCGGAUCGCAUCAGCGUGUCGCAGGCGUUGAAGCACUACGUCCGCGAUUGGUCCACCGAGGGACGGUCGGAGCGCGAUGAUGCGUUUCCCUGCAUCAAGUCUACGCUGCAGUCCCUUUACCCGGACCGAGAAACUACCCCGGUGAAAUUGCUGUUUCCUGGCGCCGGCCUUGGCAGACUCGGGCAUGAUGUAGCUGCACUCGAGAACUUUGAGGUGACCACCAACGAAUGGUCCAUGUACAUGAACGUAGCCUACCGCUUCCUCCAAGCCCACAGCAACCCCGACUCCUUCGCAGCACACCCCUUCAUCGACAACUGGUCACACCACGCCACCGCAGCCAACCAGUUCCGCGGCGUCUCAUCCCCCGACGUGCGCCUAAACACCAGCGCGGCGCUCCUCGUCGAGGGCGACUUCACCACCGUCUUCUCCAAGCCCGAGAAGAAGGACAUGGCCGCGUACGACGCCGUCGUGACGCACUUCUUCAUCGACACGGCGCGGAACCUGAUGAGCUACAUCGACACCAUCUACGCCGUGCUCAAGCCGGGCGGCUACUGGAUCAACUUUGGCCCGCUGCUGUACGGCACCGGUCCGUGGGUGCAGCUGUCGCUGGAGGAGGUGGUCCACGUAGUCAAGGCGAUGGGCUUCGAGUUUGUGCCGCUGGACGCGGCGGGCGAGUGCGGCCCCCUCACGCUGGACGGGGAGCUGGUCAGGGGCACGAGGGCCGUCUAUGGGUUCGACGAGAGGGCCCUGACGAGGAAUGCCUACGCUGCGCAGGUGUGGGCUGUGCGCAAGACUGCUCACUGAUUUUGAAAAGAAAUCUGUAGUCCAAGUGAAUGGUGCUUUGCUUUAUUUAUAUGAGAAACGACAAGGAUUUGACAAUGCAUGGGUUCGUCUCGCCAACUAAGAGCAUGAGGCAAGCCCAAGUGCUUUGGUGCCAAGUCAAAAGGCCUGAUUUCCGCUCAAUAUCGACAUGGAAAGCUUUCGCUUGGUCACCUCCCCUCCCCUCAGUAUAUUCUGGAUAGCCAAAAUGUUAACCAGGACAAUCUGGCAGCAAAGAGUUGGGCGUUAUUUUCCCCGUCAAUUGGUUCCAAAAGGGAAUACGCCUGGAUCUCAUGGCGGCCCCUUACUGCAGCAGAAGUUUCGCGACAGAGUAGAGACCACAUGAAGACUAAAUUGAUAAAAGAUUAAAAAAAAAAAUAGGCAAAGGAAAUAAACAUAAAAAAAAGUCAUUUUGGGUUCUGACUCAAAUUGCACAGAGAAAAGAAAAAGAAAAAUAUUUGCCAAAACAAACAAAACAAUUAUGGA